AUGGCAUUAUGGCAAGGAGGUGCUACAAGUAGUGUGCUGUCGAACCACACGUCAAGACCACCACUGAAGAACCACACGUCAGGACCACCACUCAAGAACCACACGUCAGGACCACCACUCAAGAACCACACGUCAGGACCACCACUCAAGAACCACACGUCAAGACCACCACUCAAGAACCACACGUCAGGACCCACCACUCAAGAACCACACGUCAAGACCCACCACUCAAGAACCACACGUCAGGACCCACCACUCAAGAACCACACGUCAGGACCAACCACUCAAGAACCACACGUCAGGACCACCACUCAAGAACCACACGUCAGGACCACCACUCAAGAACCACACGUCAAGACCCACCACUCAAGAACCACACGUCAAGACCCACCACUCAAGAACCACACGUCAAGACCCACCACUCAAGAACCACACGUCAAGACCACCACUGAAGAACCACACGUCAGGACCACCACUCAAGAACCAAACGUCAGGACCCACCACUCAAGAACCACACGUCAAGACCCACCACUGAAGAACCACACGUCAAGACCCACCACUCAAGAACCACACGUCAAGACCACCACUGAAGAACCACACGUCAGGACCACCACUCAAGAACCACACGUCAGGACCACCACUCAAGAACCACACGUCAGGACCACCACUCAAGAACCACACGUCAAGACCACCACUCAAGAACCACACGUCAAGACCCACCACUCAAGAACCACACGUCAGGACCCACCACUCAAGAACCACACGUCAGGACCCACCACUCAAGAACCACACGUCAGGACCAACCACUCAAGAACCACACGUCAGGACCACCACUCAAGAACCACACGUCAGGACCACCACUCAAGAACCACACGUCAAGACCCACCACUCAAGAACCACACGUCAAGACCCACCACUCAAGAACCACACGUCAAGACCACCACUCAAGAACCACUCAUCAAGACCACCACUGAAGAACCACACGUCAGGACCACCACUCAAGAACCACACGUCAGGACCACCACUCAAGAACCACACGUCAGGACCACCACUCAAGAACCACACGUCAAGACCACCACUCAAGAACCACACGUCAAGACCACCACUCAAGAACCACACGUCAGGACCCACCACUCAAGAACCACACACGAAGUUGCCACGUGUGGCAGGAGUUGCCAGACCUACGACCUCCAGACUUAUGAGUUAGGGUUCGCUGGCGGCCGCAAAACUUUCUCAGAGUCGAGUUCUUUGACUUUUGAACUGGAAAUACGGAGCGGGUUAGCUCUUAGAGCUUGUGACAAUUCUUACUGA